UCCGAGUCACGCCAGUAGAUAACAAGUGGGAGCUGUGGUGCCUUUGACACGGAGAAGUCCCGUGGACAUAAGUGGUGUAGAAGACGUUUAAGACACUGAUCAAACACGGACGGUGAAAAAAAAAAAAAUCGGAGCGUCUGUCAGGAAGGGAGGUAAAAGGCGCAACAUCAGAUAAGCAAACAGCCAAUGGGAUAGUGGGAGCUACAGGCAUCAAUUUGCCCAUCGACCAAUUGCUUUAAAACGACGUCGGAACAGGCAACAAGAAGGACUGGAGCCACCGCAGAAACAGCCGCACAUUACGCAUCAUCUGCUCUGUUUUCAUCUUUGUCCGUUUGUCACCGUAGCCUGUCCGGAUCCACGACAGCACUUCCACUGUGGGGAGAAAAGUGGUGGGAGAGUCCACGGUGAACACGGCACACACCCUAGGCACUGCUGCUGUUACGGAACCGUUCUUCAAAAUGACCGAGACGGAAACCAGAAUUCAUCACGCUGGCAAACAACACAACGGAGAUGCCAUGGCAGAAGGGUCGACGGUAGAGGAUGUUUUUGAUGAUACAUAUAAAGAAGGAGACGGCCCUAAACCACCCAGGAUGCUGGUGUGGAGAAAUAUCAUCCUGAUGAGUCUGCUACAUAUCGGUGCGCUUUACGGACUCAUCCUCAUUCCUUCCGCGUCGGUUUUAACUCUUGCCUGGUCUGCAGUGUGCUUCCUCAUCAGUGCUCUUGGUGUGACCGCUGGUGCACACAGGUUAUGGAGCCACAGAUCUUAUAAGGCUUCUUUUCCACUGAAAGUCUUCCUUGCCCUUGCCAACUCCAUGGCCUUUCAGAAUGACAUAUACGAGUGGGCACGAGACCACCGGGUCCAUCACAAGUACUCAGAGACAGAUGCAGACCCCCACAAUGCAAUGCGAGGCUUUUUCUUUGCCCACAUCGGUUGGCUGCUGGUUCGUAAGCAUCCUGACGUCAUUGAAAAGGGACGAAAACUGGAGCUGUCGGACCUGAAGGCAGAUGAAGUGGUUAUGUUUCAGCGAAGGCACUACAAGCUCUCUGUGGUCAUUCUUUGCUUCCUGGUGCCCAUGUUGGUGCCCUGGUACUUCUGGGGUGAAUCCUUGUUGGUGGGAUACUUCCUGCCUGGACUCUUACGAUACACAGUGGUGCUCAACGCUACCUGGCUGGUCAAUAGUGCUGCACACAUGUGGGGCAACAAGCCUUAUGACAAGACCAUAAACCCACGGGAAAACCCACUGGUUGCUUUCAGUGCCGUAGGGGAAGGUUUUCACAACUACCAUCACACUUUCCCCUUUGACUAUGCCACCAGUGAGUUUGGCUGCAGGCUCAAUCUUACCACCGCCUUCAUAGACCUCAUGUGCUUCCUGGGUUUGGCCAAAGACCGCAAGAGAGUGUCAAAAGAAACCAUCCUCGCUCGCAUACAGCGAACAGGUGAUGGCAGCCACAAAAGUGGCUGAGUCGCUCGUGAUGCAAACUCUAAAAUCGAUGCCAACAUGUCAAACCAAGAAAGAACGUAGCAACACUGAUAGCAGCAUUUUGGUGAGGCAGUAGACAUGGGGUGGUUUUGACCAUGCUUCUGAAUAUAAGUUAAACCUCCUUCUGAGACUAAUAUUGGAUUUUACGAGUUGUAGACCUUUCCAUAAACUGUGUGGGUCUUUCUUGUUUUGUUUUGUUUCCAAAUGUCCUCACUGGCUAUUAGCCACAGCCAAAUCUUGGCUAAGUUUGCAAGCACAGCUUUUUCACCAUAUUAUCUAAGAAGGGGAGGUAGAGGAGGAUGAAAAUGUGGGAUAUAAGACUCAUUUGGCAGAAGUAGGACACCAAAUAAGUCUGUGUGAGCUGUGUGUCAAAGCAGUGAUUUACAAAAUAAUUAAUCUCUUAUUUAUUCAUGUGCUAUUUAUUAAUAGUCUUGGCACUUUGAGAUUUUUAUUGAAACCCUUAAAGAUGAGGUUUCUAUACUGGCAAGAUUUAAUUGUGUCUGUUUGUUUAGGAUCUUUCGCAUUAACUACUGUCAGUUGUGCUUUGUUUCAUUCCAUAGGGAGUGGAGUUAAGUCUCGAUCAUUUGUUUAGCUUUUUUAAGCUAAGGUUUUUCAUUUUUUGGUAAGCUGGUAGACUUAUUAAACCAUAAGCUGCGUUCAAGACCAACAGCAAGACUUCUGGACAUUUACAGUAUACAGUGUCCCCAUUUGAAUACAGUUUGGGAUAUUUAUACACAAACUGUCUUGUAGAGGAUAAAAUUCUCUAUAUCUUGUAAUUUGUGUUAAAUACAAUGUAUACCUCUGGCUGAGUUGUCUCUGCAGAGACACCUCUGCACCAAAACAUGAAAACCAGACUCUAGUCUUAAUGUGAAAAGUGACAAUUGUUUGCUUUCAUUUAUAUUUUCAGUUGAAAGAGAGACCUAUUAUAAAGCAUCAGGUCUUCCUCUGAAAAGGCCAAUAUGGCGCUGGCCUUUUGUGUUGGUACUAUUGACUAUUCUUAUCAAAACAUUUGUCAGGGCUUUUGCCUAAAUGCCUUAUGAAGGUAACAUAUUUUCCAUUUGCAUUUAACAAGUGCAAGUUAUAGAAAUGCAUUAGGGCUUAAAUUUGUCUAAUCACAGGUGUGUUGUAGUUCCAUGUUUGUAAAGAACCCUAGAGAAACUGAAAUCCCUUAUUUAUACUGAAACAAAGGGACCACUGGAAUCCUAAAAUUUUUGGUGAAAAAGUAUGAUUUAAAAUUUGCAUAAACAAAAAAUAUAUAGUUUAAGUUGAAUCUUCAGAUCUCAAUUAAUGUCGUUGUAAUAUUUGUCACACUUAAUCUUUUUCAGUGCAACACUUUUUUACAGUGUUAACUUCUCGAAGUUUGAAUGCCUUAAAACAUGGCACAUUUUUUCAAGGAAUGUUUUUGCCCACUUUAUGUACCAUAAAUAAACCAAAUUUUCUACUUGUGGCAAAAUAUGUUUUGCUGUUUUUUUGUUGGAAUUCUGUAUGACUCCUUAUUUGUAAACUGAAUUAAAAAAAAUAUACAUAUAUGCUGA